AUGACACUGACACUGAGUCUGAAUCUGAGCCAGGAGUUGUCGCUCAAGCAGGUUGGUUCCUUACUUGCAGAUCUCGGGAGGUAUCCUGCUCAAUAUUGCAAAGGCAAUAGCUCUGAAACCGAGUCCGAAUCAGAGUUCGAAUUACCUCCAAAUCCAAGUUUAAGCCAUCGCCCUGGGUUUUCCCUACCUCUAGGUCAGCGGUCCCUUGGUUCAUACGUAUUGGACAGGCAACAGGGUACUGCAGUACCUGCAGCCAUUAACACCCACUUGCGAGACUAUCAACGAGAAGGAGUCACUUUUUUCUGGGAACGGUAUAAAGAAGGUAGAGGCGGUCUUCUUGGAGAUGACAUGGGCUUGGGAGACAAACGAGACAUAGAUCGACGGCGGAAUCACGUUUCAAAGCUACAGGAUAAACCUGAUUGGACAAAACACGGAACACUGCCACUGGCAAACGAGACAUGGCCUACUUGUUUAAUCGUUGCCCCUUCGUCCGUUGUGCCUAACUGGGAGCGGGAGAUACACACUUGGGGGUACUUUGAAGUUGGUGUGUAUGGCGGACAGCCGACGGAAAGGGAAGAAGUCCUUAGUGAAUUCAAAAAGGGCCGACUUGAUGUAGUGAUCACUUCCUUUGACAUGGCUCGUCGAAACAUCGACAAACUUGAGGAGCUCGCUUGGUCCACAAUCAUUGUCGACGAGGUGCAUCGGUUCAAAAAUCCAAGUUCCAAAGGCACCGAAGCUUUCAACCAAUUCCUAUGCAAAUGCCGCUUCGGUCUUACUGGAACCGCUAUACAAAAUUCAUACAAUGAAUUAUGGACCAUCCUGGACUGGACGAAUCCUGGUCAAUUGGGCACGCUUAGGCAAUGGAAGGGUUAUGUAGUUCAGCCCCUUACGAUCGGACAGUCGUCGAAGGCAUCAGAAGAGGAGAGGACAAAAGCGCUGGUUGUCGCGACAGUACUGAGAGACAAAUUGUUGCCUCGUUUCUUUAAGAGAAGAACAAAGGACAUAAUUAAGAGUCAGCUUCCGACGAAGACAGACGAAGUUGUCUUCUGCCCUCUAACACCAAUCCAAAUCACUGUCUAUAAAAGAAUGCUGGCUUCAGAUGAUAUCCAGAGGCUCUUUAACAAGGACAGCUAUUGCACCUGUGGUUCCAAGAAAAAGUAUGCUUAUCAGACCAAGAGAAACCGUGAACUCGUUCAGAUUGCGUUUCCGGAUGAAACACCGCCCAAGUUUGGUACUGCGAUGCUUCAGCCUCAAUUAUGCGGGAAGUGGCUGGUGUUGGAUGUUCUGCUCAAAGAUUGGCACGAAGAACCUUCGAACAAAGUGCUAAUCUUCACCAAAUCUGUCAAGUUACUUGAUAUGCUUGAAUUUCACCUUCGUGCAAAUAAUUUUGGAUUUUGCAAGCUGGAUGGCUCGACUAAACAGCCGGACAGAAUGCCCAUGAUCGACAAGUUCAAUCAGGAUCCAGACAUAUACAUUUUCUUAAUUUCCACAUUGGCUGGUGGAACUGGGCUGAACCUCACUGGGGCAAAUAAAGUUGUAAUAUUUGAUCCUGCCCAUGAUCUGCAAGCAAUGGACCGAGCGUACAGAUUCGGUCAAACUCGCGAUGUAUCGGUCUAUCGUCUACUUGGAGCUGGCUCAAUUGAGGAGCUUAUAUAUGCUCGUCAACUUUACAAGCAGCAGCAGAUGGCUAUAGGAUACACAGCAAGCGUACAGACAAGAUACUUCCAAGGUAUCCAAGGUGAUGCCUCGCGACAGGGAGAGUUGUUCGGUAUCAAAAACAUAUUUAGGCUACAUGAAGACACUUUAGCAACAAAAAUGGCUAUUGAAAGAGCAAAUCUUCUUGAACUCGACUGGGCUCUUGCGCAUCUUAGAGGCAAGCCGAAGAGAUCUUCAAGCCAAAAGGUGGACAAAUGGGUUCACGACGCCGACAGCAAGGCCAACAAGGAGGACACAGAUCUCAAAGGGCUCAGUGCUCUACUGUUUGACGACGAGAUCCCUGAAAUACAAAGCCAGGGCGAUGUUCAGGACACCCUCGCCGCCAUCGGGGUGAAAUACAGUCAUCACAAUGACGAGGUGCUGAUACCAAGUCGCAUCGAGGAGGAGCGUUCUCGCAAUGCUCUCAAGAAAAAUGCAAGGGCGAAAUCGAUCAGACGGCCCAACGCUUCGUCCUCUACGACUAGAAGAGACAAGACUCCCGAACCAGUGUGGCCCCCCAGGAGACGACAUCACAAACCGACAUUAAGUCCCAAUUCCAAACUCGCUUCGAGACAGAAGGCCCUUGUGGAACUUGGAAUGAUCAGUCAUCCUGUUGAUCUACCAACGUUUGCACAGACCUUGUGA